UUUGAGUCACAUGGCGAGAGGGGCCCUCACUUAUGGCAAUAUCGAGAAAGGCGAGACGGCGCGUCGUUUAGAUCCAAGAGGCUCUGGGAAGAAGGGAAGCAGGCCUCGCUCGCUCUCCCCCCCCUUCCCUAAACCGCAUCAGCGGUUUGGGGAGCAGGCCUAGCGUGCCCCUAGCGGCAGUGCCGAACGCCUCGGGUGCCCGCCGCGCUACUGCGUGCAAGAGCUGAUAGGGCUCCUGCCGCCGCCGCGAGCUCCGUGCCGGCGGGUGCAAGCGCGCGACCUCGUGCCUUGGGCAGCGACAGCAACUGCCUGGGAAUCGACUUCUCGGCUGGCAGGCAGCUCGCAGCGGGCGCUGCAGGUUCCGCGGCUGCUGUUUGCUGAGCGGGAGAGGAGGCAGUAACCGCGGGGCUGCCGAUUCCAGGCUUCACCACGAUUCAGAAUGCAGCAACUGGUUUCCUGCCUAGGUUUGUGGGUCUUCUUCCAGCUUCCCUGCCUGGGCUCUGGGACACGUGUAGUCUACAAAGUACAGGAGGAGCAGCCACCCAACACACUCAUUGGUAGCCUGGCAGCAGACUAUGGCUUCCCAGAUGUGGGGCACCUGUAUAAGCUGGAGGUGGGUGCCCCCUACCUACGUGUGGAUGGUAAGACUGGUGAUAUCUACACCACAGAAACCUCCAUUGACCGAGAGAGCCUGCGAGAGUGCCAGCAGCUAUUUCCAGGGGACCCUUGCUUUCUGGAGUUUGAAGUUUCUAUCACGGACCUGAUGAACAAUAGCCCACGCCUGCUGGAAGGGCAAAUUGAGGUGUUGGACAUCAACGACAAUACACCCAACUUUGCCUCUCCUGUUAUCACAUUAGCCAUUCCUGAAAACACCAAUAUUGGGGCACUCUUCCCCAUUCCAUUGGCCAUGGACCGUGAUGCUGGUGCCAAUGGGGUAGCUUCCUAUGAACUCAUGCCUGGUUCAGAUGCCCAGAAGCUUUUUGGCUUGCAGGUAGCAGAAGACCAAGAUGAGAAACAGCCGCAGCUGAUUGUCAUGGGAAACCUGGACCGGGAGCAAUCGGAGUCCUACGAUCUGACCAUCAAAGUACAGGAUGGAGGUAGCCCACCACGUGCUAGCAGUGCCUUGCUGCGCAUCACUAUCUUGGACAUGAAUGACAAUGCACCUAAGUUUGAGAAGCCCCUAUAUGAGGCCGAACUGUCCGAGAACAGCCCAAUUGGUCACUCUGUGCUGCAGGUCAAAGCCAAUGAUUCUGACCAGGGUGCCAAUGCUGAGAUUGACUAUUCCUUCCACCAGGCAUCAGAUGUGGUUCGUCGAUUGCUGCGCCUGGACAGAGCCACUGGACUCAUCACUGUUCAGGGUCCUGUUGACCGUGAAGACAUCAAUGUACUCAAGUUCUCAGUGUUGGCCAAAGACAAGGGGGCCAACCCCAAAACUGCCCGUGCCCAGGUGGUGAUUAGCGUCAGGGAUAUGAAUGACAAUGCUCCAUCCAUUGAAAUCCGUGGUAUUGGCUUGGUCACCCAUCAGGAUGGCAUGGCUAAUAUCUCAGAAGAUGUGCCAGUUGAGACACCUGUGGCUCUGGUACAGGUGUCUGAUCGGGAUGAAGGUGAGAAUGCUGUUGUAACCUGUGUGGUGGCUGGUGAUGUACCUUUCCAGUUGCGACAAGCGAGUGAUACUGGAAGUGAUAGCAAAAAGAAGUAUUUUCUGCAGACCACAACACCACUAGACUAUGAGGCAGUGAAAGAAUACACCAUUGAGAUUGUGGCUGUAGAUUCUGGCAAUCCACCCCUGUCCAGCACCAACUCCCUCAAGGUGCAGGUGGUAGAUGUUAAUGACAAUGACCCAGUUUUCAGUCAGAGCUCAACAGAGGUAGCUUUCCCUGAAAACAAUUCCCCAGAUGACUUGGUGGUAGAAGUGAGUGCUACUGAUGCGGACAGUGGAUCCAAUGCUAAGCUGGUAUACUCUUUAGUGACAGAGCCUUCAUCCAAAGGCAUAUUCUCCAUUGAUCCAGAGUCUGGUGAAAUCCGGGUUAAGACUGUUCUGGACCGGGAGCAGCGAGAACGCUAUGAAUUCUUGGUAGUUGCAGCUGAUAAGGGCAGCCCUAGCCGGAAGGGAACUGCCUCAGUUGCUAUCAAUGUCAUGGACCGCAACGACAAUGACCCAAAGUUCAUGCUAAGUGGCUACAACUUCUCUGUCAUGGAAAACAUGCCACCCUUGAGUCCAGUGGGCAUGGUGACAGUAAUUGAUGCAGACAAAGGGGAGAAUGCCUUCAUUCAACUCUCAGUAGAGCAGGACAAUGGUGACUUUGUCAUCCAGAAUGGUACUGGUACCAUCCUCUCCAGCAUCUCCUUUGAUCGUGAGCGACAGAGUACUUACACCUUCCGACUUAAAGCUGUGGAUGCAGGCGACCCACCAAGAUCUGCCUAUGUCGGGGUGACCAUCAAUGUGCUUGAUGAGAAUGACAAUGCUCCUGUCAUCAUUUCUCCAUCCAAUGCCUCCUACAAGCAUAUUCAACCACACACUAGUCCUGGGCAGCAGGUCAUGAGUGUUGGAGCCGAAGACAUUGACUCUGGGAUCAAUGCUGAUCUGCAGUACAGCAUCACUGGUGGAAACCCCUUUGAGCUCUUCAAGAUUUCACCUCAGAGCGGAAACAUCACCUUGGAAAAAGAGAUCCUCCGCAAGCACCAUGGGCUUCACCGCCUGGUUGUGCGUGUCAAUGACAAGGGCAAGCCAUCUCGCCAUGGCACAGCUUUGGUCCAUUUCUAUGUCAAUGAGACACUGACUAACCGCACACUGUUGGAGACCCUGGUGGGCCACAGUUUGGACACACCCAUUGACAUUGACAUUGCUGGUGACCCCGAGUAUGAGCGCAGCAAGCAACGUAGCAACAUCCUGUUUGGUGUCAUUGCAGGCAUAGUAGCAGUCACUCUGGUUAUUGUGCUUGUAGUGCUAGUGCGCUACUGCCGUCAGAAGGAGGCCAAGAGUGGCUACCAAGCUGGCAAGAAGGAAACCAAGGAUCUGUAUGCUCCCAAGCAAGGUAGCAAAAGCAACAAAGCCAAGAGCAAGGUGAAAAAGAGCAAAUCCCCCAAGCCACCCAAACCAGCUGAGGAUGAGGAAGAAACAGGACUGCAGAAAUCCCUCAAAUUCAACCUUAUGAAUGAUUCAGUCAGUGACAGCCCCCGCAUUCACCUGCCCCUGAAUUAUCCACCUGGCAGCCCUGACUUGGGCCGCCACUACCGUUCCAACUCUCCCCUACCUUCAAUCCAGCUCCAGCCCCAAUCACCAUCUGCCUCCAAGAAGCACCAGGUAGUACAGGACCUGCCAGCCACCAAUACAUUUGUGGGUACAGGGGACAGCAAUUCCACGGGCUCGGAGCAGUAUUCAGACUACAGCUACCGCACCAACCCUCAGAAAUACACCAAUAAGCAGUUACCUCAUCGCCGAGUGACAUUCUCUGCAGCCAAUCAAGCGCAAGAUCUGCAGGACCCCUCCCAACACAGUUACUAUGACAGUGGUCUUGAGGAGUCAGAAACACCAAGCAGCAAAUCUUCAUCAGGGCCCCGCAUUGGACCACUGGCUUUGCCGGAGGAUCACUAUGAGCGCACCACACCUGAUGGCAGCAUUGGGGAAAUUGAGCACCCUGAGAAUGAUCUCCGGCCUCUGCCUGAUGUAGCCAUGACAGGGACCUGUACCCGGGAAUGCACAGAGUUUGGUCAUUCUGACACCUGCUGGAUGCCAGGUCAGUCAUCUCCAAGUCGGAGGCCCAAGAACGCCCUCAAACUCUCCACAUUUGUGCCUUAUCAAGACAGAGGGAGCCAAGAGCAAGUUGGGAAUGGCAGCCCCAGACUCUCAGAAGAGCGCAACACCAAAAUGGCUAACCUCCACCUGCUCCCCACGUACAGUGCCUUCUCCAACAGUAGCCAUGAGCCCUGCAAGGACUCCCCCAUGGAGGAAAUCCCUCUCACCCAGACCUCAGACUUCCAGGCAGCCACCACACCAUCAUCCCAAACUGCCAAGCGGGAGAUCUACCUGUGAGAUGAACAGGACCAUGAAAGGUGCCUGAAAAACACCUCUGAGACCAGUGUCUGGAAUUCAAAGAAGAAUAAAAAGAAGGGACUUUUCAAACUGUGACGCUUUAUCACUCGCAUUGGUGGUUCUGUGCCUGCCAGGUGAGAAUGCCUUGCCCAGGCCCUGGGCACAGGAACACUUUUUUAUAGACUCAUUGCUCCCAGGGCAAGAGAACUGAUGCCAACAUGAAUUACCAAGCUCUCAGUAGAGUGGUCCCUAGAUGUCUGGAAAGAGGGAGAAAGGAACUUAGUGAAGAGGGCUUGGCCUCAUGGCUUCAGGGCUGGGGGUGGGGGGAAGGGCUUAGUUACCAAAGGUCCACGUAGACUUGGUGGAGUCCAUUGGGCACAGGGCCAAGGGCACCUGGCACAGGUACAGGGGGAAAAGCUGCCUCUCUUGUUACUGUAGACUCCUGUAAAUAUGAAUCUUAGGAAUGACAUUUGCGUCCUGCCUGAUCAAAAGUUUUAUUGUCCUUGAAACAAAAAGACUUUGAAACAAAACAAAACCACAGGGAGCAAUUUCCAGCUUGAACCGUUCACCACACAGAAGAGCACAUGGGAGCAAGCGCUUCCUAAUAGCCCACCCUUGCCUUCCACAGUGUAAAUAAGGAUGGGGCACUGGCUGGAGAGGCGAGAGCUCUGGCCGGUCACCAGAACGGAGCAGAAGGGCAUUACAGAGCUUUUCACCCCUACGCUCUUUUCAGACUUCAGCAACUUUUCAACAUCACAACUCUUCAACAUCAGCCUUAAAGCUGGUAGCUGUGGCUUCCAUCUGGUCCUCCUUUGCCGGUGGACAGUGGAGCUGGGCCCGUUGGAAAGGUGGAAGAGAUGUCUAACCCACUAAGUCCCCAAUAUCUCUUCUGCCUCACUCGAGGCAGGGAAUUCCCAUGGGGUCAUUAGGCCCCAGCGCCAUGAUCCCAGCCUUUGAAAAGUCUGCCUGUAAGCCACCAUUGCCUUUGUGAAAUGGAGCUUUGACUCAGGGUCACAUUGGGGGCCAUGGGGCCUCCAUAUGCUGGAGUCAUCCCCCCUCACUCUGCCUUGAGACCAGAGGGCCAGCCUCAAGGGCUCCAAUAUUCUCUUCCAGUGCCACAGGUUUAGCCACAUAGCAUCAAACUGUAGAAACCAUAUUGUGGUAUUGCAGUUCUACCAGGAUCCCAUAAGGAAUAGUGGGACUACCCUUGGCAUGGUUAACCCCAAGUGGGUGCCCUUGGAUAGGUCAAAUGUCCAGGCCUAAUUGGGUGAAGGGGCACUCUUCCACCUCCAGCCACCUGUUGACUGCCCUAGUGACUUGGUUCUUAAGUUGCUUAGCUGUCCUGACUCAACUGGACCUCCUGACUUCACAUAGCCGAGUGCUCAUGGCAAUCCCUUCACAUCACCCUGUCCACCUGCCAGCUGUGGGGCUUCAUUCCAAUCCAUGUGGCAGUGGAGGAUGCGUUUUGUCCCACACAGUGUUCAUUGGUAUAAACUCCGGUGUGAGACCUCCAUUCACCUGACCAGCUGGCACUUGUUGGGCCCAGCCCAGUUCUCUUGGCUCCUGCAUCUGACCUGGUUCUUCUUGUGCCCAUAGUCCCUGUCCCCUUCCCCACAUGUUGCCAUGGGCCAUGGAUGUGUUCUUAGCUGUAUUGCAGGAGGCAGAAUGGCCAUCGCCCUUCUUUGCCAUGUCUCUGUUCAACUUCCUCUGUUGCAUGAAUCCGGGGAGAAGGGGAGGGAAGCACCUAGUGGUGUAAUGCAGGGAUACCUUUCCUUUUCUUUUGUGGUAGAAUUGUAUAUGUGUGUGUCAGGGUUGGCAGUCUGGAAGCAGGGGGAAGCCAGAAAGCAGAGGGCAGGAGGGGGGAAGGGGCAGCCUGCAAGUUCCUCAGACUGAGGAGCCAGGCCACAGCCAGAAGCUUUAUAGGAUCCGAUUGUCCCCUCAUGUCAUCUGACCCCUGCUGAUCAGAUUGCUACAAUAUCAUCUUCUGACCAUCUGUACCGAUGACACUGAAGCAUAGGACAGAGCAAACUAGCAACUUUCUUCUGUGGCUGCCAUAUACAAGAGAAUUAGGUGUCUGGAUCUCAGUAACCAGAGUCCUCCGUCUGACAUUCCUGGUGACUUUCAGUCUGCAUGAGAGCAAAGAACUUUCCUCUUCUGCUCCUUACACUCUCUGAGACUCAGGGCUGGUUCAGCGCAACCCACUUACUGGGGAGGGGGCAUUACACUACCUAUUUAUUCUGGUACCAACAGCCUGAGCGACCAAUGAUGAGCUGUGACCUAGAAGGAGAUUGGAAAUGGCUGUUCUCUCCACACCCAUUCAGGUUGGUGGCAGGCACUGACACUUGUAGAUAACAGGCUUGAAUCAGCUCUGCCCAGGGACGAAAGGGAUUUCAGCCACCCAUCCUUAACCACACAUUGUCCUAUCAAGACACUUUAAAGUGCCACUGUCAAGUGGCGAGGGGGCAGGACCCUCCUCUCACUCUUCCGUAUUACUUCCUUGCUGUGGAAGGCAUAGAUGGGAGCCAGGCUCACUGACAAGAGAAUACCUGUGGUUCCCAGGUAAGAUUGUCAUAUUUCAUUUUUAAUAAAAUUGCCUAUAGAAUAGGACAUUAAAAUAAGCCUGUCCAUAGGUCAGGCCUGCUAAGUCAAAAAUGAGGUGGAAGAAAUGUCCAGGCCUGUUCCUCGAUGAUGGGCAUUGCAAGGCUGGCCUCAUCCCAAAGCUACUCCCAUCUUCAGAUACACUUGCCACAGGGCCAAAUGGAUAAAAAUUGUGUGCUUGCCCAAGCAGGUUAAGAUUGCUUAUUCCCCUGUUAGCUAGGCCAAGGCCAAUGCUAGAGUGUGGAUGGUGGGCUAGAUUAAUCCACAGUGGUGUAUCUGAUAAUAUCUGAUGGGGUGGGGGGUUAAAGUCUUCCACCUCUUUCCUCUUGGUUUGUCCCUGGAAGAUCUGAUAAAGGGGGAGGGAGGAAAGGAAAAGAAAGGAGCUGGUCCCCUAAAGAAAAACCAAUAGGAGAUGUGAUUCACGACCUUGCUGCCUCCUGUGUGGAGGAGAAGAGGUGAAGAUAUUAUGGGGAACAACAGUAGUGCCAUUGAGAUUGGUACUUGGUGAUAAAAGCUAAAGGCCACAGAAUGGGGAGGUGCCACAGGACAGUGUGGGCAAUCUCCAAGGGCCAAGGUAUCACCAGGCGAAGCUCAUUUUGCACAAGUUAAAGCCAGAAGGAGAAAUCCUAUGUGCACAGAGAUUGGGGUGGGGGACGGGGAGAAAGAAGGCGCUGCAAGGGUCCUGGGCUAGACAAGCACAUUGAAGGGGAAGGGGCAGGGGGAUGACGGUUUUGAGCACUGCACUAGGACAAGCCAGGGGUAAAACCAAAGGUGGGAGGCCAGGCCAGGCACAGGCCAGCUAUGUAAGAUGGGAGCCAAGUGACCCCUUUGUAGCUCUUCGUGUUGGUUCUAUUUAUACGAGAUUUCAGUUCCUUGCUUGUGAUGCCUUGUUUUUUGUACAGUUUUAUGUACAUGCAGGUGUAGCUUUUUCUAAAAGGAGAAAUCCUACGGCAGAGUAAAGAGUACCCAACUAUUUUUCAGAUGGUGACCUAUGUUUAGGCACUGCCUCUCUUGCUAAGGUUGUAUUGCUCUCAAUGUGAUGCAUUUCCCUUGCACUGGGAAGGCUUUGGGCCUGGGGCUUAGUUCUCCCCAGGCACCAUGAGCACAAUUGAUUCCCUUGUAAUACUUUUUGUUUGGAACAGUGAGCAUGACACCUUGUGAGCCCUUUUCUGUUCUCUUCCAUUCUGUUUGUUUGCUGAGCUGUCAGAUGACAAACUCCACUGUAAUUAGCCCUCCCAAAGCUUUACAAUAAAAAUGUG